AUGGAUAUAACGGAUAUUACUACAGUCACUAUUGGAAUCAAUGAGUAUGUCAAUCUUUUUCAGUGGGCUAGAUCUACUAUUUCAUCCAAAUGGAGAGGCACUCAGGAGCAAGGGUUUCAAAAUAAAUUAUUUCACUUGCAGAGUGUCUUGCAACGCCUCAGUGACAGUCUUCCGGAAAUGUAUGACCCCAUUAAUCGAGCGGAGUGGAGAAGCCACAAAGAUGGCGUGGCCGAGCUCCUUCCAAAACUCAAGGAUGUAGUCUAUGAUGUUGAAGACCUUCUUGACGAGCUGAGAUGGUACAACCAUAAGGUGAUAGUGGAGGGCAAUGCAAGCCAAUUAUCUAUUACUGACUUCUUUAACAGCUUCAUCAAUGUGAAUGAUAUCCAUGAAAGGCUAGAUCAUAUUUCCAAUCGCCUGGAUAAAAAGGGGUUGGGUGAACUGACACCACGGUUUGACAGAACAGUCAGGCCAGAGACUAGCUCUUUCCCCAAUGAAACAAAAAUAUUUGGUCGUCACAUGGAGCUAAAGCGCAUAUUAAGAGUGCUCGGUGUGCCUACACACAGUCAUUCGGAACACAAGUGGGUAAGUAGUGCUAAUGAAUCAAGAUUACCCAAUCUUCCUGUUUUGUCGAUAGUUGGAAGUGGGGGUGUUGGAAAGACUACUCUGGCCCAACAUAUCUGUAGUCAUCCACAAGUGAAGUCUCACUAUGACACAGUGAUUUGGAUUUGCGUCUCAGAUGAUUUCGACGAGAAGAGGCUAACUAAAGAGGCUAUAGAAUCAUGUCCCGGUAAAGAGGCAACAACUAACAAUCUUAAUUCUCUUCAGCAUGCUCUUUCUGACAUACUAGACAACAGAAAGUUCUUGAUUGUCCUUGAUGAUUUGUGGGAUGAUGCUCUGAAGGAAAAUGGCCAGUGCUGGAAGAGGUUUUGUGCACCUUUGAAAAAUGUGCUACAAGGAAGUAUGAUGUUAGUCACCACCAGAUCUCCAAAAGUUGCUGAUUUAGUAUGCACAAUGGAGCCAAUUAUAUUAGAGGGUUUAAAGGAUGAUGAAUUUUGGAAUUUCUUCAAACUGUGUGUGUUUGGAUCUGAGAGUUCCAAUGAUUUUCCAGAGUUGGAUCUCAUUGGUAGAAAUAUACUUCCUAAAUUGAAAGGCUCUCCUUUAGCGGCUAGAACUCUUGGACGUAUGUUACAGGAUGACCUUCGUACAUCACAUUGGAAUAAUAUACUAGACAGUGAAUUGUGGGAGUUGGACCAAGAGAGGACUGAAAUUGUGCCAGCUCUACGGUUGAGCUACAUAUAUUUACCAUUCCACUUGAAGAGAUGUUUUUCAUUUUGUGCUGUGUAUCCCAAAGAUAAGGAGUUUGAAAAGGAUAACAUAGCAGAAAUUUGGGCAGCAGAAGGAUUUGUGAAAUGUCAAGGUGUUGUUCCACUUCAAGAUAUUGGUUGUCAAUACUUUAAUGACCUUUUAAAUCGUGAGGAAAACGAGAUAGAAGUCCUUCGAGAUCUACAACCUCCUGCAAGUAUCAAGUCUCUAGUCCUUGACGGGAAUCCAGGUGUUGCUUCUCCGACCUGGUUUAACCCACAAAGCCUGUCAAGCUUAACAUCCGUUUCGUUUCUUCAUUGUAGUCGACUCAGGGUACUUAAUGGCAGCACUAGUUUUUCAUCCCUGACAGAUCUAAUCAUUGAUGGGUGCGACAGUUUAUCAAGUCUCGUACAACUUCUACAUCCAACUUAUCUACCAGCCAUCAAGAGAAUUGCAAUAAUGAAUUGCUGGAGCUUAAUAUCAUUAGGAACCGAAAGAUUUGGGGAUUUUCAUUGCCUUGAAAUAUUCAAGGUGCUGAAUUGUAGAUACAUAAACUCGAGUUUGACUGCCCCCUCUCUCAAGAAGCUCGUGCUAGAUGGUCGCUGUGGGAAUCUCACUGACAAUAUCCAAUGCUGCUCUCUCACCAACUUUUUCCUGAUAGGCGGCAGUCUCACGUCCAUCCAACUACAAAUGUGGAAUCUUCCUGCUCUACGGGAAUUGCAUAUUAAAAAUUGUGAAUCUCUUACAUCUAUUGGAGAAGCUGGACAGGUCUUCCCCAACCUCACUUCCCUAACAAUCAGUUACUGCAGAAAACUGUCAACCAUUCAGAGUAUUCCAUUUACCUCUCUACAGGAAUUGCGCAUUUCAUAUUGUGGAUCCCUUAAAUCUAUUCGACAAAGUGAAUAUCUACCUGCCAUUGAGAGUAUUACAUUUCACUAUUGUCCGCAAUUGUUCAUGUACGAUAAAAGGUUUGGGGGUUUUUCUUCUCUGAAGAAUUUGGAAAUUUCUGACUGCAAGGGUAUCAGCUGGGAGGGUUGGAGUCCAGAGGUGGCCAGGAGCCGUGCGGUGAAGCUGAAGCGUCCAGCUCGCGGCCCCCGCGUUGUUCGCUUCGGGCGACACGGGCGGCGUCUAGGGUUUCCCCACCGCGCCGCCGCUCCUUCCCCUCCCUCCCUCGCCGCCACCUGA